GUCGCAUAUGCCCAACCCUGCACCGAAUGAGUCCGAUUGCGUCUGCCUCGGGGUAAAAUGGCGGCCCUGGCAAAGUUUUCGCCGACAGAGUGAAGUGAUUCUCCGUUGUAUUUAUAUUUACCCUCGUCCCCAUUAAAUCCACCAAAAGCCGUAUCCCCAAAUAAUUGAUAACAAAUCGAUUCACCGAACCUAUGACAAUCCCAUCGGCAAGUGUUGUGACAGAAAGUAAAGGGAAAUAAACAAAUAACCCCCCGGACCAAUUGGCAAGUUAGUGGUGUCAUUGGUAAUAAGGGCGGCCCGAUGCACGUUUCAGUGAUUCCAAAUGAUGACUUCGAUGCUGCCCAGCUUUAAUCCGCCAAUAGUUAAGCGGCUGCUGGGCUGGAAGAAGGCCGAGGGCGAAGACAAAUGGAGCGAAAAAGCCGUUAAAAGUCUCGUUAAGAAGCUCAAGAAAUCUGCCGGCCUCGAGGAAUUGGAGAAGGCCAUCACAACCCAGAGCUGCAACACCAAGUGCAUCACAAUCCCCAGGCCUAGUCCAGGUGGUGUUGGUGACAACGGUGUGCAGGGUGUGAGGGGCAAAGGAUUGCCCCACGUUAUUUACUGCCGUCUUUGGCGCUGGCCAGAUCUCCAGUCUCACCACGAGCUCCGGGCCAUCGAGCACUGCGAGUACUCGUUCACCCAGAAAAGGGACGAGGUCUGCGUCAAUCCUUAUCAUUAUCAGAGAAUCCAGACCCCAGUAUUGCCAGCGAUUCUCGUACCCCGACACAAUCUAUCCGGCGACGAGUCAGUCCUUUACAACACAUCGCUGGAGGAGUUGAGUGUCAGUGUACCGGAGAAUACCAGUUUUCACGCAACGUUAAAUCACCGGCACAAUAAUCAGCAGAAUCUGCCCCAGUCACCCCAGCAGCAGCCAAAUAAUCCGUACCAGGGUAUGCAGAGUAUGCAGGCAACAAGUCCAGCGAGUGUAGGGAGUUUGGGUAGUGUCCAGGGCUCGCCACACCCAGCACCCGGCUCCAUGGAUCCUCCAGCAGAUACACCACCACCUGGAUACAUAAGUGAGGAUGGCGACAACAUGGAUCACAACGACAACAUGUCGUUGUCACGAUUGUCACCGAGUCCAGUCGAUGCUCAACCUGUCAUGUACUGUGAACCUGCUUUCUGGUGUUCAAUAAGUUAUUACGAAUUGAACACGAGGGUGGGCGAGACAUUUCACGCCUCUCAACCAAGCAUAACGGUGGAUGGAUUCACGGAUCCAAGUAAUUCCGAGCGCUUUUGUCUCGGUUUACUGUCAAACGUUAAUCGAAACACUGUGGUAGAGCAGACAAGGAGGCACAUUGGCAAAGGCGUGAGACUGUACUACAUCGGUGGUGAAGUUUUUGCCGAGUGUCAGUCGGACUCCAGCAUCUUCGUGCAGAGUCCAAACUGUAAUCAGCGUUACGGUUGGCAUCCCGCCACUGUCUGUAAAAUACCACCAGGCUGCAAUCUGAAGAUCUUCAACAACCAGGAGUUCGCAGCGCUUCUUUCGCAGUCGGUGUCUCAGGGUUUCGAGGCUGUGUACCAGCUGACCAGAAUGUGCACCAUCAGGAUGAGUUUUGUGAAGGGUUGGGGUGCAGAAUACCGUCGUCAGACGGUGACGUCCACCCCAUGCUGGAUCGAGUUGCAUUUAAACGGUCCCCUCCAGUGGCUCGAUCGUGUCCUCACCCAGAUGGGCUCACCACGUCUCCCCUGUUCAUCCAUGUCCUAAUCGUCGACCUCCAGCCCUAAAGGAGACGAAACGACGAGCCAAAAAAAUGAACUAAAAAAAAUGCUAAUGAACUCAGCACUUUCACAUGAGUCUAGGAGGUGACUGAUUGUGUGGACGAACAGUCCAAUAACCCAAAAAUCUCAGUUUUUCUCCCAACGUGCAGCAGAAUAAACCCAACUCAAUGGUUUUUCCACACCAGAUACUGGAGGAAAACAAGACAUUCAUGUACAUAAACCCAUUAAACUCAUAUAUGCUUGUGUAUAUAUGUUCAACACUGGGAAUCAGGAGAACUCAGUCUUUUACAUAUUUUUAUCGACGAGACGUAUCAUAUACGCCCGAAUUAUCAGAAAACAGGUGCAUAAAGGAUUAUUUAGGCUUGUGAGGGGUCUCGAGUCCUCACGUGGUUUAUUAUGCAUAUAAUAUAUGUAUUGUGUGUCACCCAGGAUAAUACUACAUUCAGAACCUCUGUGUAUUCAGUAUAGUCGAUGGGUAAUGUUAAUCAAUGUAGAAUCGAUUUUUUUUUAUCGAGGGACAGACGUUUAAGACUCGUUGAAUCAUGUAAAUACAGCUCACUUUUUUUUUUAUUUUCUGACGAUUGCACGAGGGAAGUUGUUUGAGCUUUUUCAUUAAGCUGGGAAGUUUUUGUGGGAGGAGAGGUGAUAAGUCUGCUCCCUGGGAGAGGGACCUAUUGAUGGUGUCUUACUGCUAGGAGGUCAUUCUAGUGGAUUUUUAAUUUGAAUUCAGUGGCGAAGUGGGUGAGUAACUAGAAUCGAUUUUCUCAUUUUUUUAGGAUCCAUUUAUCUGGAAAACUGUUGGUUUUAAAAGAAAUUAUCACGAGAUGUUCUUUGUCGGGACUCAACUGCAGAACAAUUCUUUAGUAUUUUCCUGGUAAAUCGAUAGUGUUUUAAAUAAAUGGAUAAUUAAGAUAUUUAAAGAAUGGAUUCUGUUAUUUAUGGCUUCAUUACUGCAUGAAUUUUCUUGGGUGAGGAGGAGUUGAACGGAGAUAUCGAUCCGUAAUGUCAAACUUAUGAAUUAAUUACGUGUAUGGAUGGUCGGUGGGACUAUUUCGGUUAUCGUGUGAUAUUGGAAAAGUCUUAAAGAGUAAAUACUUGUCCUCCAUCUCAAGAAUAAUUCGCUGAAAAGGGAAAGAGAGAGAGAAUUCUUUGACUCGAUUUAAAUAUGUAAAUAUUCUCCAUCGAGACGAUUUCCUCUGGUAUUUCAUCAGUCAUGAGAUGUAAACAAUAACAAAUAGUGAGAACUCAAGAGGUACUGUGUAUUGAUACCUCAAUGAAACUCGAUUGUCGACUAUUUGAAGCGAUAUCAAACCUAUUACAAUAAGAUUUGUUACGAGGCUGUCUGUGAGACAAUUAAGAGAGAACCGGGAGAAGUGGGAGUUAUAGUGUGCGAAGAAAAUUUAUAUUUUAUUAUAUUUCUAAAUUUGCGACGACUAUUGAAAUCGAAGGGCUUUUAUAAUUUCGUUGAAACGAGGAUAUGCGAUUAUUACUGAUAAAUUAUAUAAAACAAGUGCACGUGGUGUACGUCUUUCGGAUUUUAUUGUCUGUGUUUGAGAGUUUUUUUCUUUUUUAUUGGAGGAGUAAUAAAUUGAAUUUUUAAUAAGAAAACAAGAAUGUGAGGUGCAUUGAGGGGGCCAAUCGCGUUUUUUGGAAUUCUCCAGACGUUGUGUUUUGGUUAUUGUGGCUGAUCAAUGCGAGGAGAUACUUGGGGGUGAAAAUCGAGGUAAAUUGUCACAGCUUUUUAAACUUUUCUAUCAUUUUUUUUUAAUGAUGCAUUAUAUUUUAUUGGUAUCCCCCAAUAUUUUUAUCAACCGUUUAUGACGCGUUACCCUCUAUCUGUUCGCCUUGAAUUUUUAAACUGUACAAAAAUUAAAAAAAAACUUUUCCCCAACUUUUAUUUAAAAAAUACUUAUGUAGCUGUCAUUUCCCACCAAUCGAUUCUGAUAAAAAAAAUAACAGAAUAGUGAUAAGAGAUUUUAUCGAGGAAUUAUCAUGUGGUGUUAAAUGUUAGAGGAUUACCUUUGCUGGUCACGAGGAAGUAAGAGUCUUGCGUUUUUUUUUUCUCUCAUCGAUUUAUAUUUAGUUUGAUUAAGCAUUGAAACCAUCGAGUGAAGAGUUCGAUCGAUUAAUUAGUUGCGUUGAAUUCUUUUGUAAUCGCCGAGUAGCUCGAAUUACGAGAAGAACAAGCACUUGACAGACACAAACAAUGCCAUGCUGUGAUAGCCACGUACUGCUUCGACGAAGAUUUUCCUCGAUAUUGUUGACAGAUUCUGAUGCUUCCGUGAAUUGAUGAAGGAUAAUUGCAUUGAGGAAGAGAUAAAACAGUUCAAUUGAAGAGAUUUCCCGCUAAUGCCAUUGGUUUCCAUAAUAUUGUGGAAAAAUUGUUUUUGUUUUCUUUUUUUGUAUAUGAAAUCCUGAAAUGGAACUGUUCCGCCUCCUGUCCUCAGUAAUUAUCCCCCACGCUCCAAGUACUUGCCAAAACUUCGUUGAAGUAGGGCAACAUUUUCAAACAUAACGAGAAGAAUGAAGAUAUAUCCAUAAAUAUGUAAACCUUAUAUAUAAAUACAUAAAAACUGAAAUAUUGCAAUUGUUACGAUCUCUCCUUGAUCUUAGAAAACUCCGAUUCAUGUAGAUUGAAUAGUCCACUCUGUACUCGACGAUACGUGUAUGGCAAGUGCUCAUUAGACGUCAAGACUUAAUUAACCAAUACGUGUGAAGAAAAAUGAUAAGAAAACGUAGGGUUUUCUCCAAACAAUUCUAUUUCAAAAUUUCACAUUCUUUCUGUAGAAAUUCUUCUACCCGACGCUAUUUUCCUAUUAAUUCUUUUCACACGUCCAAUAAUCGAAGAAUAUUCGAUUAAUUCUUUAAAUUCAAUUUCGAGAUAAUCUCCAGAAUCUGAUUGUUAAUUGGUGUAUUAUCUCGGUGACACGUUUUGCACUCGCCAUGAGCUAUAAUCAUUGACACUGUCCAUCCAACUCAUAAAAAUCAUCAUUUCUUUACCGAUCAUUAUUUUUUCUAUGCGAUGGCGUGAGAGCUGUGAGACAAAUAGUCUGAGAAAACGAAAAAAAAAGUGAGAGAAGAGCUUCUAAUCGAAGAGAUACGGAGGGAAUCAUGCGUGUGAGACUGUACUAUAGUUACAAAAUAAACGUAUACGUUAAGUAAUCACCCCAUCCCCAAUUAUUACCACUGCCACAAUAAUUAACAGGACGAGGAAUUCCAAGGGUCCAAUUGAUAAAUAAUAAUAAAACAUGUGAAAUUUAUCCGUGUAUAUCUGCAUGACGAAGAAGACUUACGCUCUACCAUAAAAUAUAAUAACUAUUUAAUUAGAAUUUAUUGUCACGUUCAGUGCAAGACAAUGAUAGUUUCACUGGCAACGAACGUGCGACGUUAUUCUCAGGCUCGACAAUGUCAUAAUCCAGAAGGCAAUUUAUUCUCAAUAGAAUAAAAAAAUGACGAAUUGCUGUCUGGAUUAUCCAAGUAAUUGUGAUUUCGUGAACAACGAAAAAUUUGACAAAUAAAAUUCCUACGAUGAGAGACAACUCCUGAGGUUAACCCC